CAAGCCAGAUCUCAAUACUGGAGUAUUGAGAUCUGCCCUGGAAGUAUGAACUUAUGGAUUUGUCUAUUGGCAAUCCAACUCCAAAAAUUUAAAAUUGUCAAAUCCAUAUAAUUUGGACAUUAUUUGGUAUAUUAUUCCGUUUUCUUGACCUGUGAUUUGCAUUGUUCAGUGGACAACAUAACCGUCAGCGUGCUUGUAUCGGAUUAAUUCUAAAAUGUGGAUUCAGGGUUGUCGUGCGCUGGUUGCAUCCAGCAGGAUCACUUCUGCUUAUCGACUCGUUGGACCGACAACCACAACGCGUUUCCCCGUGCGAUGUUUUGCAAGUGCCAAGGAUUUUGAAAGUGCUAAGGAGCGUCUGAAUACACUCAAAGAAGAUCCUGGACCAGAUGUCAAACUCAAACUGUAUGGCUUGUUCAAACAGGCAACAGUUGGACAAUGCAAUGCUCCGAAACCUGGAAUGCUGGAUAUCGUGGGAAAGGCAAAAUGGUCUGCAUGGAAUUCUUUGGGCAGUAUGUCACAAGACGAUGCGAAGAAAGAGUAUGUUAAAGUUGUGGAGGAGCUCGUGAAAAGCAGUGGCGGAGAUAGUGAAGAAUCCGCCAAAUCGGAUUCGCAAUCGUCUUCCGGAGGAAAAUUCAAAGAGCUCAUUUAUGAAGAAAAAGAUAAAGUUACAUACAUCACCAUGAAUCGACCCAAUAAGAUGAACGCUAUCACCUCCAACAUGUAUUUCGAGUUUGUCGAUGCCCUUGAAAUGGCGGCCAACAAUAAGAAUUAUGCUACGGUUAUCACGGGUGCUGGGAAAUAUUUCUCCAGUGGCAAUGAUUUAUCCAAUUUAAUGAAAGUUGGUGGUGGCAGUAUGAAAGACAUGGCGGAAGCAGCGGCUGUCAUGCUAGAAAAAUUUGUCGAUGCCUUUAUUGACCAUCCCAAAUUACUGGUCGGCUUGAUUAAUGGUCCCUCAAUCGGUAUUGCCUGCACGACUCUUGGAUUAUAUGAUGUUAUUUACGCUACGGACACUGCAACUUUUCAUACUCCUUUUACCAAUUUGGGACUCACACCAGAAGGAUGUUCCAGUUACACUUUCCCCAAGCGAAUGGGCGCAAUGAGGGCGAAUGAAGUAUUACUCCUGGGAAAGAAGAUGUCGUCAGCCGAGGCCUUAGAGUGCGGUUUUAUUACGGAAGUAUUUCCGGCUGAUUCUUUCCAACAAGAAACGCAGCGGCGAUUGCAGAGCUUCGCUAAGCUGAUGCCUAUAUCUUUGAAGGAAUCGAAGACCUUCAUUCGCUCGGUGGAGAAAGAGAAGCUCCACCAAGUUAACCAUGAAGAGUGCACGAAAUUAAUUACUAUGUGGCAAGGCGAAGAAUGCAUUUCAGCUGCCACUAAAUUCCUGUCUCGUAAAUAAUGUACGCACAGAAAUGAAGUGCUCAAUUUGGAUGAGAGAAUUUGAAGUUCUAAACUUCUAAUUCGUUUAACGACUUAACGUUUUUGUUGUUUUAACUUAUGGUUUCAAAAUGCAGUAGUCGAAUAGUGUGACCAGCCACACAGCCCCAUGUGAGCUAUAUCAAGAUACAGCCUGGCGUAAACAAAAUCUUUAGCCACAAAGAGAACUGAGAGAAUAUCAAUUAGUUCUAUAUUUGGGCAAUUGGGCAUAAGUUGAUAAGACCAGAAUCGACAGAUUUCCAGUCUUCUCUGUAUCUCUUGUUAUGUCGUUUUAAUGUUCUUAAUUGAGUGAUCUAAUGCUUUGCAAGUUUCCAGAAGUUUCUUAAUGUGGAUGUUUACCCGAAUGUGGCUAUAUAAGCGCCAAGCUUGCAAGUGCUAGAUGGUCCACUCUGGUUUAGUCCACUGGAAGUCAUCUAGCAGUCACUGGAAUUGUGUUUCGUAAAUAAAGUCUCA